ACCAGCUUUCCACAAACAUGCUGCAGAACACGUCUGCAUCAUGACGACGGCCUCAGUGCCUGCAGCGCAACGCAGGAUAUCCGUGCAUACAUCUAGCAGUGACGCGCCGUCUGCAGCGCUUGAAGCUGUUGGAAUACGGCCACGGCGCGCGCAACGGCGCCCUACCAAGCCGGCGCCGUAUGAGCUCGCAAACCACGCGAAAGCGUUCAUUGAGGGGCAACAAUAUGCGAACGCGUACGAGUUUCUUUACAGCCUCCUUUCAGCUGGUACAUCCAUAUCUACGCCUGCUCAGCCUUACACCGGCUUCCUCCCACCACCCUCACAAAUCGCGCUCGCCGCAUCUUUAAUCCCCUACAAGUUUAAGACACUCUCUCCAAACAACAGCAGAGGCGCUGAUGCAGCGCUUCGCUAUCUACAAUGCCUUCUGAACACAAUAGAAGCACCGGCUUACCAAUAUGUACGACAAGCUUUCACAUUCCCUGCCGAGCGCACACGGCGACGUCCACGUGGAUACAGGGCUGCGACUAGAAGUCUGUCCCCUGAUGAAAGCGACGACAUCGACCACCUCUAUUGUGAAACUGCAAACGACAAGAGUCUGUGGUACAGAGCGGACGAUUUCUGGCACAUCAUUGGAUGGGCGUUCAACUGCUCUGCGGCUUACAAAAAGCGAUGGGACAGAUGGAAACUGUGGCUCAAAACUAUGCUGGACUUCAUGGAGGCAGAUUGGGAUGUCUGCGUCAAACAGAGCCAGUAUGAUGACGCGGGGGAAGAAGCUGCAUUACAGCAGAGUCUCAUAUGGCAAUACGUUGCCGGUGAGGGGUUGUCGGUAACCCGAACAACGAGACGGCGGAUGGCUAAGGCAAUAUUUGCAACAGCAUCAGCCGAGUCACUAAAAGACUAUCCUGAGAUUUGGGAGAACGAGACCAUGGAGCUGAAGGAAGGAUCGAACAAAAGACAGAAACUUGGGAACGUGGAUUAUGAGACGGGCGAAGUAGCAGAUUACGACAGCGACGAAGACAUGAAAGAUGCACCCACGCGGGUGACGCGAGCUAUCGAACGCAAAUUCGAGGUCACGCCUCCAUCUGACCUUCCGGAUAUCACUAGUGGCAGCCUGGAUUUGCAUAGUGCUAUCGAACGACUCGGUGGCAGCGAUGCGAUAGCAUUGCGACAGCGUUUCCUAGCAUUGCUAGCGCAAGUAGCGACCAAGCUUCCUGGCCAAUUUACGACUCUCGGCGAUUGGUUCGACAACGUAGUGGAGGAUUUCCGGUAUCUGCCUACCGUGGUUUUCAACGUCUACCUCACCUCAUUGACAGUGCCUGGCCCAAUGAAAUACAUGUUCCUUGCGAACUUGUUGUUGCCAUUUGUCAGCGGUACAUUACCAGACUACUUUCGCCUCGAACCAACGCAAGAGCACUUUGAGUCAAUUCUGUUGUCUCUGAAAGGCAGCCAGAGUUUUGCAGCCAACGCCAAAGUCUCUCUGAUCCUUGAGCAGCUCUUCAUGCUCAUGAUGGCUGAAGACAAAUUCAAGCCCACAGAUGCAUUGCGGGCAGCUAUGGAGGCUGGAAUACAGGACAGGCAUUCUUCGUACGGCUCGGGCAGAGGCAAGAGAGGUAAUGCCGGGGAGGAGAAGCAGGCACGAGAGCUUAUGGAAGCGUGCUCAGGAAGACUUCUGAGUAUGCUGGAAGUGCUUGAGAUCAUGUCAGGUAAGCCACCACAGAAGGUGGGUCGCAUGGAUAGCUCGUUUCUAUCUUUUGGAUCCGCGUCUCCACUUUCAUCGGCACCAAGCGAUACCGAAGAGGAAUAGUGAUUAUCACGGUACAUUCCUGAAUGGGCUCUUCAUCGUAUGCGCUUUGGUGAAGAUCAGAAGAUUCACACGAUAUCCACCUUUCGGUUUUCAGAACCAUCCUCGGAAGGCCCUUGCAGUGCUUGAGUUCUUCCUCAAUGCCUUCCUUCACUGCCCUCGUCAUCAUUCCUUCUUCUCGGCAAUCCACUCGCACUCCUCAGCCCUCCCGUCCAAUUCCUCCCAUCCACCGAUCUCCAUCUCAUCUAGCGUCUCAUUAUUCUGUCUCAGCCAUUGCCACUGCAACACCAUCUGACUCGCCCUCACCACAAGCCACUCGUCACUCCAUCUA